AUGAAUUGGCUCCCGUAUCUUGUCAUAUUUUAUGGGUUUUCUCAGGCUAUAACAGCGUUUAAUAGCCAAGAAAAAGGUUUCAGCUAUCAUAGAAGAUCCGAUGUGAGCAUAGACGAGGAAGAGCGGGAGAGUUUGUCGCAGCUAAAAUCAUCGCUGAAUGGUUGGUAUGCAACUUUGGCUAUUGGACCUAGUUCCUCGGAGUUUACGAGACAGUUCAGGCUUCUUGAUCAUCAAGUCAUUGGAGCAGCCCUUUUCGGAGCAAAUAAAUCCACAGACAGGCACCAAGGAUCCAAUAUUCGACUUUGGUCACAAAGAGCUCUACAAUGCAAACGUUCGGUAGAGCCGUUUGGCAUCCAACCGACAUAUGGUAACAGUCAGAGAAGCUUCGAGACCCAGUCUUAUGACGAUAUCUCACAACGGGAGAAAAAGAAUUGCGUUUCCACGAAUAUCACAUCCGGGGAUGCUCCCUUUCUCGUCCGGCAUCCUAUUUGUUUGUUAACGCACCAAUUUUACGAAGAUACUUUGGACGGCCGUCUAUCGAUUUCUCCGCAGCCGGCGACACAUGUGUUCCAGAAUUGGGACCUUGCUCUACGCUCUAGAUCUAAGGGUGACAAUAGCGAAAGAAAGUGGCUGCCAGCUGGGUUUGAGCCGGAAUCUAAGUACUGGUCUGACUAUGGGAUAUUCGCUACAUAUCUAACGACCGAGAAGGCUAAAAACCCUGUUAUUCAAUUCAAUGUUGACGAAAAUACCGGAGAUACUUCGAAAUAUACUGGCCGUCUAGCAUGGUUUGACUCUAGUGCCGACGGGUUCUUCUAUGCUAUCAAUUGGAAUAUUGCUGCCAGAAGGAUUAAAAUUUCUUGGAGAGACUUUUCUAAGGAAUAUUUUCUUGGCCAUAGUGACCUCUUAAAAAGCCCCCUGACUUCUAACAAAGUUAUCAAGAAUCGAGAUUCACUCCCGGAAUUGAAUACUACCUAUCCGGAUCCUGGGGCAGUUUUAGACAGCGGUACCUUAUGGACUCGAUUACAUCCAUGGGUUGUGGAUAGAGUUUACAACCGAAUGCCGGGAGUGGUUAGAUUUAAUACCACUUACUAUCUGCCGUGCGAUAUGCCUAGUUAUGCCAUUCCAAAGAUCAGUUUUGAAAUCGCACAAACUCGGGGCGCUGAAGGAGGAAGGUCAACCUGGUAUCCCGUCAAAAAAGAAGGUUUCGUAAUAAAGAGCUACACGCAUCCCGAAUCAGGUAGGUGGAGAUUUGACGUCAUAAGAAGUGGACCUAGACCCUUGAAGUGGCAGAUCGGCUGGUCUUUGUGA